UGAAUGUUGAGUCCGGAAGCGCUCUGUUUCCGCAGCGUGAGGUCGGUGAUGUGGCGAUGGUCUGCGCUUGACAGAAGUUUCAGCUGGGCGCUGCGUAGUUAACAACAGGUAGAAAAGAUGUCAGAUCCUAGCAAGCAGGAGAUCGCAGCCAUCUUCAAGCGGCUGCGCUCAGUCCCCACGAACAAGGUAUGCUUCGACUGUAAUGCUAAGAACCCCAGCUGGGCCAGCAUCACCUAUGGAGUUUUCCUGUGUAUCGACUGUUCAGGAACACACCGGUCUCUCGGUGUUCACCUGUCCUUCAUCAGGUCGACAGAGCUGGACUCCAAUUGGUCGUGGUACCAGCUGCGCUGCAUGCAGGUGGGCGGCAACGCCAACGCGACGGCCUUCUUCCAUCAGCACAGCUGCACAGCGAACGCGGCCAACGCCAAGUACAACAGCAGAGCUGCGCAGCUCUACCGAGAGAAGAUCAAGACCCUGGCCACUCAGGCCACUAGGCAGCACGGCACAGAGCUGUGGCUGGACAGCCAGGCCCCCGUCUCUCCAACAUCGCCUCACAGCAAGCAAGAGGACUUCUUCGCCCUGCACACACACGCCGUCCCAGGUGAGAGCAAUUCAGCGCAGGCGAACUUGGACCUCGCAGCUGAUAAACCCACAGGGCAGGAGGCUCUGGAAGCAGACAACGGUGCACCAGAGGAGGGCCCCAGCGUGGACCAGCUCAGCGUAUCACCCAAAGCUGUUUUGGCUGACCCCUCUUCUACAGAAGUAUCACACAGUAAAGAGCCCUCCCUGAUCAAGAAGAAGCCAGCUGCUGCUAAGAAGACGUUGGGCUCAAAGAAGGGUGGCCUGGGGGCGCAGAAGGUGAGCAGCCAGAGCUUCUCGGAGCUGGAGAAACGGGCACAGGCCGUGGACAAACUGCGGGAGCGCGACGAGACUGCGCAGAAGGCCAGCGAGCCAGAGGAGCCCAUCGCGUCCUCCCUGAGGCUGGCCUACAAGGACCUGGAGGUGCAACGCAGGAAGGAGGAGGAGCAGAGGAUGAAGAACCUGCAGGGGAAGAAGAAGGAGCAGGCCGAGAGGCUGGGCAUGGGCCUGGCAGGCAGGAGUGGUGUGUCUCACUCGGUGCUGUCCGACAUGCACAUCAUCCAGCAGGAGUCUCCCGCAGGGGUAAAAGUGUCACGGGGCAGGAGGUACGAUGAGGACGAAGCCGAGGACGAUGGCAUGUUCUCCUCCAGGUUCUCCAGAAUGUCUGCUAGAGACGCGGAGGAGCCAGAAUCUUCUAGCAAGUUCUUCUCUCAGUGGGGGGAUUCUGGAGAGUCAGCAGGGAAGAAGGAGAGCGUGAAGCCUGAGCCUGACUUCUACCUGAGCUCUAAGACCUCAUUCGACGAGAGGGCCACAAGGCGGAAACACGACCUGGAGCCCGUCAGCACCUCAGACGAGGCCCAGAAGAAGUUCGGCGACGUCAAGGCCAUUUCCUCCGACAUGUUCUUCGGGAAGCAGGACAACUCUGAGUACGAGGCCAGGACCAGGCUGGAACGAUUCUCUGACAGCUCCGCCAUCAGCUCGGCCGACCUCUUUGAAGAUCAAAAGAAACAAAUGGGGUCGUCGUACAGACUGACCAACGUCCUGCCCAGCGCGCCGGACAUGUCGCAGCUCAAGAUGGGGGUGCGGAACGUGGCCGGCAGGCUCUCCGUGAUGGCCAGCGGAGUGAUGUCAUCCAUCCAGGAUCACUACAGCACUUGAGUGGCCCUGUGUGUCCAGUGGGGUGUUUAUAGAAAUGGGGGGAGGCCAUGAGUCUCGGCACACCUGAUACAUAUCUCUAUUGUAGCGGGACCUUUUCGUCUGCCACAUGUAUAUGCAUCUGAGCAAAAGGACGUAUUGCCACUCAGCAGUACCCCUUUGAUGAAGGGUAAUUUUCUUUUUUUUCCCUGUAAACAGAAGCUUCUAUUAUUUUUCUGGUAUGUGGUAUGGCGCAAUCUUCAUAUCGAGAUAUUUAAAGAUGUUUAUUCAGGUCAGGCUCGGAAUCUAUGCCGCAUUGUAAAAGAGAAUUUUGGUUCUGACAGGUCAUUCGAGGCACCUUUUUCUUUUGGUUUUUAUGGUGGAAAUCAGAUAUGUUCGAUUCACAAGCAGUGAUACUCAAACUUGGAGCUGGAUGUAGUGCAAUAUGAAAUGCUCUGUAAAAGGACCCAUUAAGUUGAAGAAUGAACCAAAUUCAUCAGGCUUCUCUGAAUCUGGCCUGCACAUGAGACCCUUAGUUCCCAAAUGAAGGGAAAGAGGCUUCACCUGCUAAUUAAAUCGCUUUGGACUUUCCUAAAAGUGCACUUAAGAAAGAGCGCUGACCAUAAAAACAUUGUCCACACAGUACCUUGGAGGUUCUGGGACAGUGAUCUUUAGAAAUGUUCUUGCCCACAGCUCACACCCUCUCUGGCCGUGAAGACAAUCAGUUGUCACUUGCACAGCAUUCACAUAAACCAUGUUAGGUGACCAGAGAGACCAGAGGGGUGACUCAGAGGCCAAGUGUUACGGGGAGGUGUUUUUUACUCGCCUGUUUUUGGGGCAGUAAUUCCAAAAAUUAACACUGUAAAUGCCCUGUGUAACUUGUGGUAACACUCUGUGGUAAUUCCCCCCAAUGGUUUCUUCUGACACAUAGUGUGAGUAGUGCCUGUUCUGUGAUCUGGUCUCAUACACAGAAUGAGAACAACUUGUGAUGUUGAUAUUAAGAGUUCACUUUUUGUUGUGGUUUGAAGGGAGUGUCAUGCAGUAUGGGUGUGGGUUAUGGUCGAGCUCACACAGAAGAGACACGCUUCUGUUGCAGAGAAGCAGUUUUGGUGUGCGAUUGGUAAUUAUAUCCCGGGAGAAAGCAUUACUGUUGGGAGACUGUUGGGCCAGCAGUGAACAAAACGAACAUGACAAGGAACGUGACGGUAAACGCUAACUCAACACACUGCCCAAAAUGCAAUUUAAUCAAUGCACUUUUCACUUGCCUUUUAUGCCAAUACCCUUACUACCAACUCCCACUAUUGGUUACAGAGGGGGAGAUUUAUCACUGCAAAGUGUCAUUAUUUAAUGUGGAGCUACCUAGCUGUGAGUGCAAUCAUGAAAGCUAGCAUUACUCAAGGUAGCUUUUCUCAAGUAAAGCUCUUAUGACAUCAAUUCCAGCCAAAAAAAAAUAAUGUAAUAUUUUUGCACGUCCUCAAAGUUUUAUUUUGAACACGAUUAAAGUAGUUUAUUAGAUUGUUAAACGUUCAGAUUUAAGUGGCAGCUUUUUUGCUUUUUGAAUGUGAUGCAUUGUUUUGCUGCAGAUGUGCAUCUCACGCACGAUUAGUGUGGCUUGAAGCUCCUGCUCGCGCAGCUUGCUCGAGUUUGAAAAUACGCUUUCUGUUUGCCUGUAGCAGUAGUUCACCACCAGAGGGCGUUAUAGAGGCGGCUCUCUCAGCGCCACAGAUCAACAACGAUGUGUAUAAUCUGCUCUGUAUCAUCUGUAAUCUGUGGUUCUGGUUGCACUGCUGUUUCACCUGAUGCCUCAGCAUUCACCUUAUUUGGUGCCCAGGAAAUGCUGUGGCUACAGAUUAGGUGUAUAAAAUGCCGUGCUAAUCGAGAGAUACUCUAUGUAAAUAUUGCUGAAUCAAAAACAAAGAGGAAAAAAUGGAGUGUGUAUUCCAAGGUUUUGUAGACAAUUACCUCCAAAUGGAAAAACAAGCACACUAAAAAAAAAAAAAAAAAAAUCCAAAUUAAUCAUUGACAUUGGGUGCAAAACAAUGUAGAUAAAUAAGGUGCCUUCAUUCAGAGAGUACUGUGGUUGUGGAAAACAGAUUAAUAAAAAAGAACAAGACAUGCA